AUGGAGGCAUACGAUCAAGAACCAGAGGAUCAAAGAGUUGCCGCACAUUCAUCGUGUAUUGCUGAAUUUACGACACCAGAUGCUGCAACAAAAUCCGCGAGCGAACAGGGUGACGCCGAUGUUGUAGCCUUGAGACCAGAGCCAGCAUUCGAUACAACUCCUGGAGGGCAGCACCACCUGAACCAUUCACAUGAAAAGCUACAAGCAGGCCAUACCUUCCAUUUAUUCCCGAAGCUGUCACUCGAGCUGCGCCUUCUGAUAUGGGAACAGACCUGGCCGGAGCCUCGACUUAUUGAAGCCGCAAUCUGUGAGGAUGAAACGACCAUAGAAUACGAGGAUGUCUCGAUUUUGCGCUUCGCAGGCUCGUUGUCUACUUUGCUAGAUAUGAACUUUGGCACGAGAAUUAUUGAGGAAGGGCCGGCAGAGUCCUGCCCUCCUCCAGUGUCACUUCACGUCUGCCUCGAAUCACGCAAGCAUACAUUGAAGUAUUAUCGGCUCAUGGAGCAUACAAAUGCGAAGGUGGGCUCGUUCUACUUCAAUCCUCGCCACGAUGUUCUUUGGUUCAGCUUCGACUUUACCGACGAGCCUGACUACCUCCGAGAUCUGCUGCGUUGUUAUGGGAAGCAACUCAAUUAUGUCGAGAGUGUGCUUGUCCGAGAAGCAGAGUGGGAGGAGUUCACGCCUGCACGGUACAUGUCGAAGUACCUUUCGCGUCUAGGCGGCCUGAAAAGUAUCACGGUCUUGCUUAGGGAUGACGAAGAUGAUUAUGACGAGGGUGGUGAUGAUGAUGAUGAUGAUGAUGACGAAGACAGAGAUAGCGUUCAGGACAUUGACGACGAGAAUGAUGAAGGUGAACCUGUCGUGGUUGAGGACAAGAGGGAGCUCAGUAGUAGCCAUGAUUGCAGCAAAGGAUUAGAUACUGAGGUUGCAAAGCUCCAAGCGCGUGCAGACGAGCUCAAGAGGGAACACGCAGAGCUCUCAAGAAACCAGGAAGGGAUAUCGAAGAACUUCCACUGCAUGGAUCGUUGUGGCACGUUCUACUGA